GAUUUGUAAUCAUUAAAGUCAACUGGAUUAAUUGGAUUUUAAAUUUCUUUUUUCUCUUUUUUUUUAGAUUUCAUUUGUCAGGUCACACACAAUCAACUUCAAUCAAUUUUUUGUUAUUGUUGAAGAUUCACCAACGAAGUUGUUAUAAAAAAAAUCUAGUAUACAUGAAUCAAUAAAUCAACUAACUUUGAUUGUCAAAUUGAAACGGAUCUACAAUGAGUACGACAACAUCGAUGAUUUAUCUAAACAACAGUCAUCAUUGCUGUAAUAAAGGUGAUCAUCAUCAUCAGCCAUCAUCAACAAUGGCCUUAUCCCAACAGCUGCAACGACCAUCAACAAUACGUUGUCAACGUCGUAAUUCAUUACCUCGAAUGAGUUCGAUGGUCAAGAAUAAUUUAUACAGUAAACAUCCUCAUCAACAUCAUCAGGGUUAUUGUUCAUCAUCGAAUAUCGGAUACCAUCAUCAACAAACAGUCGGUCAUCAAGCACAUGCAUCAGCUAUAUCAUUGCAAUACAUAUCACAAUAUCUAGCCACACCGGAUACAUUAAUAUUGUCCGAAAAAUUACUUGCAAAUGUAGCUGCUCAAAAUAAUUUUUGUUGCUCAAAUACUGGUAUUAAUGAUAAAUGUCAUAAUAACCACCAUUAUUACAAUCUAAACCAGACGUCAGCUCAACAACAACAACAUCAUCGCCACUAUUAUCAUCAAAAUAAUUCAAACCAUACGCCAGAUACAUCCGAUUCUAUAGUAGAUGCUGCAACAGCUCAAUUGGAAGAAAUAAUACGACUCUGUCGAACAUUACAAAAGAAUCCAAAUCUGGGGCAAUUAUCAUCAUCAUCAUACACCAAUAAUACGGGUUCUGUCAUGAAUGAUUUGUUGCCGACAUCAUCAUCAUCAACUUCAACAGAUGAUAAAUAUCAUUGUUCAUCAUCUAUCUGUAAUAAAUCGACAAAAUGUCGAUGUGAUGAUGAUUGUAUACGAUAUUUUCUACAUUCAAAUUCGAAUCAAAACUAUUUACAGCAAACAAAUUGUGAAUGGAAUUCCAUUGAAUCAUCAACAAUAAAAACUAAUCAUAAAAUUGAUAAAAACAACGAACCAAUCAUUCAUGAUGAACAACAGCAUAAUUUAAUGCUGUUGCCUAUUACCGGUAUUGAUGAAACUGGUCAUAGUAAUGAUAAUCAUAAGGAUAACAACUUGACGGCCAAAAGUAUUAAUCAUUGGUAUGAACUGCAUACAAAUAUGAAAAAAUCACCACCACUAUUGAUCAAUGACCUUAGGCUUAACCAUCAUCACGUUGAUCAUGAUCAUGCUUAUGAUGAUCAUCAUGAUGUUAAAUGCCAAGUGUUAAUCGAUGAUCAUAACAUUAUGGAAAUUCAAAACUAUGAACAUCCUAAACAAAGAAAAAAGCAACAAAUUCAUUUUGAAAAUAAAACGGCCGAAUUUAAACCGAUAUUAGCAUCACCAACAAAAUCAAAAUCAUCGACACCUCCUACUUCGUCUAUUCCACAAUAUUCGAAUAUUGAUGCAUCCUCAACCACAGCAAGUAUUGUGGCUACCAAUAAAAGCAAUGAUGACGUCCUAACAUUGAAUGGCAACGGCAUUAUUAAUAAUAAUAGCAAUCGUUUAGUCGUUACCAAGUUGGUUGCCAAAUUUGAAGAAAAAUCCUCACCGCAUUCUGUAACAUCGUCUUUGUCGCAAACGUCUUCAUUGAAACAGAACAAUGAUGACGGUAAUGAUCACGAAGAUAAUAAUGGUAAAAAUAAUACUAUCAUACAUAAUAAUAAUAAACUUUGUAAUUUGAAUCGUGACGACAACAUCAACGAAAAUGACAAACGUGUCCCUAUCCAAUUACCGUUACAAUCAACGAUAAUAUUGUCAGAUUCAUCAUCAUCAUUAUCAUCACCACCAUCAUCGACAACAAAGCCUAAAUUGAAACUUAAACCAAAACCGCCACCGAAGCCAGUAUCUCUAACUUUGUUAUCAACUACUAUAUCUCCUGCGACAGUAACAACGACAACCAUAUUGUCGACGGCAGCUUUAUUGAAUGAAAAUAAAUCCUUUGGUCUGUCAAACAGCAUCAGUAGUGACAACGCCAACAAAUUGUCACCUAAACCAUCGAAAGCGAUAAACGAUAAUCAGCAAAAAGGCGAGAGCAACAUCAACGACGUCAUUUCGUUUUCAGUUGGUGAUCGUGAGAACCAUGCGACAGAAAUAUCCUCAUCAGUAUUGUUAAUCAAGGAUUUAGAAUCUCACGGUUUACAUGGUGAUAAUCAAAUCUUGACCAAUGUUACGAUUAAUACCACAAAUAAUGUAUCAUCAUCUAUCGAUAAUAUUAAUAGUUAUAAUGAUGAUGAUGAUGAAAUUAACGACCAACAUGCACAAAUUGCAGACUCAUCAUCCAUUGUAAAUGCCACGACAACCACAUCGAUUGUUCAAAAAAAACAUCAACAACAAUCAAAUCGAUUUUCUUUAAUACAAUUGCCACAAAUAACCGAUUUGGAUCAAGUAGACAUGGAGGAUCAAUCAUCCGAAUCAAAUAACGAUAAAUUGUUGGAUGAAAAGACCAAUAACAAUAAUAAUGACGAUAAUGAUAACAAAAAAUGUCAAAGCUAUUGUUGCUGUUAUUGUUGUUGUCCGAAUACAUCGGGUUCCUAUUGUACUGAUGUUAUACACAAUUGCAACAAUAAAUUAUUGGGCAUUGAUCUAUCUAAAAUUAAAGCGAAAACAAUUAUCAAUACAAAUCCCGUUUCAAAACCUCAAUCGAAUAUACGACAAGUAAAUGAUGAAUUAUCUGAUUCGAAUGCCAUUGCCAAGGAUGAAAAUAUACAUAAUGAAUCAAAAUCACCGCCAUCGCCUAAACUAAUAACCAAACAUAAUAAAAUUAAAUGUCCUGAUAACGGUAUAACGGUCGAUUCGAAUCCGAAUAGUGUUCUGGUUGUUGUAGCCGACGAAACAAGUCCAACAGGUUCGAGUGAUAACAGCUCAUCGGAUGAAGGUAUUGAGAAUCCUGCCGUAUUAGAUGAUGAUGAAGACAUCGAUGAUGACGAUGAUGAUCAUCAUCUACGUUUGAAUAAAUCGAAAAAAUUGUCACAUUCACACCACCAACAUCAUUUUAACCAUCAUAAUCAACUUGUUAAUCACCAUCAACAACAACAACAUCAAGAUUCACGAAAAUCACCAAGCCUAUCGUUUAAAUCAAGUCGAACCAUUUCACCAUUGUUUCCUAAUUCGACCAACCCGGAUGAUGUUCAUCAGGUUGAACGUUUCCUCAACGGUAACAAUUCAAAACAUUUGAAUGCAUUGGAACAGGAAGAAUCAUUAUUGUUAAAAGAAAUAUUCGAAUUGGAAUCUGAACAAUCCGAGCUAGAACUACAACAAACGUCAUCAACAACCAACUCUUCACAAAACAAACAAACAAAUGAUGAAGAGGUAGAUGAAGAGCUAUUAGAAUUUCAACGUAUAGAGCGGGAAAUUAAAUUGUCCGAACUACGUAAAUGUCUUCAGAUUGUUCAAAAGCAAAUACAAAAUUUUAAAAACAAAUUAGAACAACCUACUGUCGAUAAAAUAACGGAUAAUUUUGAUGCAGUUACUAUGGCCACAACAACAACGACAUCAAAUUCGUCUUAUUUAAAUGAACAAUGCCAAUUGAAUCAAGCUCAACAAGAAGUACAAAAUAAUAUUACCUCGUUGAUUAAAUCUAAGUCACCUUCAUUGGCACCGUUAGCUGAAUCAGAAAAUGAUGAAAGUGAUUCAAAAGCCGAUUCGAUUGAGCAAAAUCAUGAAAUAGAUCUCAGUGAUGAUUCGGAUGAUGGUUCUGAUAAUGAUGAAGAAGCUAUUGAGAUGGCCACAACGGCUACAAAGAAUGAGAAUGUAAACAAAGACGAUUUGGUGAGAAGUUUGGAUGAUUUACUACAUGAAUCGAUUGAAACACGUCUGGAAAAAGUCAAUGAUCUCAGUGAAAAAGAACAGGAGUCAUUCGUUGUGAAUGAAGUGAAAUCACCAAUAGAAGCGAAUACCUCAAUAAUAAGACGUACAAGUCAAUAUGACAAUGAACUUUCACAUGACUGUCGAAUGAAACAUUUUGGUUAUCAACGAAAUUUCGAUAUGUUGAUGUUGAAAUCAGUAUAUCAGAAACUAGAUCUUGACAAACAAAGCAGUCUAAAUACUAUUGAUGAUAAACAAAACAUUAUGAAUGCAUCGAGUAUCAGUAAUGAAAUGCUUGAAUCAACAACGACAGCUACGGAUUCUGAAUCCGAUUCUAUUGUUCUACGGCAACGAUCUGCACGAUUUCCCGCUGGUCGUACUAUUGAAUCAACAUCGAAUCUUCAAUCACAAGAAGAAUUAUCAACACAUAGUGAUCAACCACCCGUACUACGGAAAAGAAAUUCGGCCAUUUCAGCCAAUAGUAGCACAACUGUUGGUGGCAGCCAACGACCAUUAACAUUAUACAUGCCAGCGCCCAAUCAAAAAAUCAAUCUAAUCACUCAUUUGCAUGCAUUGGGCCACGAUUUAACAUCAUCCAUCGUAACGAAUCAUUUACUAUUGACUCCCUAUACUUGUUCCGGUUAUUUAUAUAAACAUUGUACAAGCGGUGUUGGCAAAUGGCGUAAGCGAUACUUUCAUUUUGAUCGUAUGCGUAAAGUAUUCGUUUACUAUCAUGAUCGAUCACAUUUUGAAAAGAUGAGACAUCCUAAACGUGGCGUAUUUUUUGAUGAAAUCCAAGACGUUUAUGUUGAUCAUACACGUAUAAAUAUGAAAAAAUUUCUAUCCAAUUCUGGAACGGAUCAACUUUCAUCCUCUAAUCACCAUGGUAAACAUGGAUCACCAGGAGCUUUAACUAAUCCAGCUAAACCGGAUGGAACACGUUGUGUGUUUGUUGUUUCUACAGCAACGUUUAGCCGUAAAUUCAUCCUUUCUACUUAUACACCGGAAUUGAUGCGCAUAUGGAUGGAUGUAAUCUUUACUGGAGCUCAAGCUUAUCUUCAGGAUUUUGAUGAUCAAAUGAAUUAAUUGGCUUCCUGAUAUAUCAUGUCUUUUUAUGAUAACAUUCAUCUAGUCAACAUAUACAUAAAUUGUGACAAAGACGGGAAAAAAAUGUAUUCAGACUGAAAAGAUUUCAUACAAUAAUCCAUUCAUCUAUUCAUUCAUUCAUUCAUUCAUUAUGAUCAUUAUUAAACACAAAAGCCAUGAUGAUUAUGAAGACAGACACACGCACAGAAAGACAUACGGAAAAUGUUUUUCUUUAUAUAACAAAUCUAUCAUUCAUUUAUUCAUUCUCCUUACAAUCAAUGAUUAUAUCCUCAAAAUCGAAAUUUGAUAUAAACGGAAGUAUUCUAUUUGUAUAAAUAGUGGUCGCCAA